UCAGGUAAUGAGAGAACUGGUCCAGUUUGCAUCUGGGCAGUGUGACAGCAGAUCUGGGAACAGGACAUGUGAGUGUGAAGAGUGUAGCCAGCAGUGAAGAUGCCACCACAUUCUGGCCCCUCAAUAAUUAUAUCAGAGCCUAUUCCAGAUUUUCCCCAACUUUUUACUUGGGAUGAGAUUGCAGUCCGUACUGGCCGGGGCCAUGGGACCUCAGGGAAGGACCGGUGGCUGGUAAUUGACAGGAAAGUCUAUGAUAUCAGCAAGUUCUGCCUGGUGCACCCUGGAGGCAAGCGGGUAAUCAGCCAUUAUGCAGGGCAAGAUGCUACGGAUGCCUUUGUUGCUUUCCACAAUGAUAAGGCGCUGGUGAAAAAAUAUUUGAAACCACUGCUGAUCGGGGAGUUGGCACCAGAUCAACCUACCUCUGAGCCCGGUAAAAAUAAACUGCUGGUAGAGGACUUCCGUGAGCUGCGUGCCACUGUUGAGAGGAUGGGACUCCUGCAGCCUAAACACUUCUUUUUCUUCCUGAUUUUCCUGCACAUCCUGGUAUUGGAUGCUGCUUCCUGGCUCACUGUGUGGUACUUUGGUUCAUCCUUAGUGCCUUUCCUUGUUGGUUUAGCACUGUUCACUACUGCACAGAUCCAGGUGUCUUGGUUCCAACAUGAUUUGGGGCACUUUUCAGUCUUCAGGGAGACAAAAUGGAACCGUUUGCUUCAUAUAUUUCUAAUGGGUGUUGUGAAGGGAGCACCAGCCAGCUGGUGGAAUCACCUGCACAACCAACAUCAUGCCAAGCCCAACUGCUUCUGCAAGGACCCUGAUCUCAACAUGCAUCCUUUCUUUUUUUCCUUGGGCAAGACACUCUCUGUGGAGCUGGGAAAGAAAAAGAAGAAAUUCAUGCCUUACAACCAUCAGCACAAGUACUUCAGCUUUUUGGCUCCACUUGUACUAAUUCCCUUCUUCCAGCUCACUGUAAUCCACUUUACAAGCAAGCGGAAAAAGUGGCUUGAACUGUUCUUGAUUGUCACCUUUAACAUCCGAAUUUGCCUCAUGUACACACCUUUAAUGGGAUUUCAGAGUACUAUGGUAUACUACUGGUUGGCCAGGUACCUAGAGAGCCACUGGUUUGUCUGGGUUUCACAAAUGAACCACAUCCCAAUGAACAUCGCUUAUGAUAAAAAUGAUGACUGGGUAUCUACACAGCUCCAGGCAACAUGCAAUGUGGACCAAUCCUGGUUCAAUGACUGGUUCACUGGACACCUGAACUUCCAAAUCGAACACCACCUUUUCCCCACAAUGCCUCGACACAACUACUGGAAGGUGGCCCCCUUGGUAGAAUCCCUCUGUGCCAAGCAUGGCAUUGAGUACAAAUCCAAGUGUUUACUCACUGCCUUUGUAGACAUUUUACGCUCCCUGAAGGAUUAUGGGGAACUCUGGCUUGAGGCCUAUCUGCAUGGAUAAGAGCUACAGCUCUUCACAGGGAAUCAUUUUACUAUGUUGCUGCUACAAAGACCCUGAACAGACUGUUGGAGAGCAUAAUGGACUGAGAGAUAGAUGUGCCUUGAUUAAUGGGCUGGGGACUUGGAUAAGCCUAAUUUUAGUUUGACUAGAGGGUUUAAAUAUAUUUUGUCUUAUUCUGAAUGUGUUUCUCCAUUUGCUGCUUUUGAAGCUCUGGAACUGGAUGAACUUCUGGAACAUUUGGACUGAACCUGGACGAAAAGGCAUUUUAGGAAUGAGAAGAGCAGUCUCUCUCUGCUGAGAUGUUACUGUGAAUGUGGGAAUGAGAUCAGCUCAUCUCUUUCCUUAUGUGUAAUUUUUUGAAGAAACCUUCAGUCUUUCUGAUUUGAUAAGCAAUGGAAAUAGUGCAGGGGAAAGCUAACUGCAGAAAAUAAGGAGAAAAUAAGGUGGGGAGAAAGAUAUUUCAGGGGCUACAUUUAAUUGUUGAAAAAUAAACAUGGAAACAAAUGGAUGAUCUCUAUUUGAGGUGGCUAGAGAAGUGAAAUCACUGUGAGCAGAUAAAAAUCUGUUAUUUAAUCAC